GGAGUGAUCGUCAAGAAGGGGCUUGGCUGAUGCGUUUUUUUUCUUUUCCUGCUCUGGGUGCACUUUUAAAGGGAUUAAAACAAUCCUGGUUAUUUAUAAUUGUGCAAAGUGUCGCGCGUCCUUUGACGAUUAAAGACUCUUGCUGCGUUCGGAGCGGAAGUUGAGCGGCGUGCGUGAAAGAUGCGUCUUCUCGGAUUCCUCCUGUUGACUUUAUGUCGCCUGCAACUGUCAGCGGGUGUUCCUGUUCCAGUAGACACUGUCAUACUUCAGAUCCAGAAGUUGGGAGUGGUGGGAUCUCCUCGGGUCGUGGAUCAGGUUCUUCUCAAUGGAGUCUCCCUCACAGGCACAAGCCCAGAGUUAAAUGGCAUCAUAAAAUCCAUCUCGGCCGAUGCCCUUCCACAGGCCCUUAUCAGCAUCAACCACACUUCACCACUGAGAAACCACACCAUUCUCCGCUCGCGAGAGUGCAUACUGGAGGGGUCUGAGCUGCACUGGACCGACCGUGUGUUUUAUGAUGGGAAAGUCUAUCUGACCCUGGACCACAGUGGCGUGUGGACAGCUCAUGUCCCACAAGCACUGCCCCUCAAAGAGGUGUGGGACCAGGAGGCGCAGGGCACGGGGAGCGAGGGGAAACUCCUGCCGGAGUUUUGCUUCAAGCUGAUGAAAGAGUUGAAGCUGUCUGAGGCGCAGUCAGAUUCAGGAAUUCCUUGGAUUCAGAUUCUGAUCCCAAUCUUGGCUCUGCUUAUGUUAUCUGGAGUAUUAAUCAUAAGCCUUCUCAUCUCCAAAAACCAGGGCUUGAGGCACCCUGGAGGUGUGACUGGCUCAAUCAUACAUUACCCCAAAGACAUGACUGAAACGGAUCCAGAGAAAAAAGGCUUCAGUUACCAAGCAUUAUGAGUCAAAGUCUGAAAUUUGAAUUUUAUAUUUUUUUACCUUUAGGAGCCUACUGCAAUAAACCAGCUAUGAUUGUAGUCUGUAUAUAAUGCACUUUACCUUGCAAAAAUCCCCCCUCAUACUGGUGCUUUCAUUGAUGCUAGAUAGAUACUUUAUUCAUCCCCAUGGGGUACUCAGUUUUUGAUAAAUCCAUCCACGCAGACAAAGAAAUGUACCACGCGUCUUUCACGUUAUUUUUGAAUGGCAGUAGAUGUUUGAGUCCGUUAUGUGCAUUUCAAAAUGCGCAAUGUUGCUGUCAUACUUCUUAGAUCAAUCAAUGGUAUGUUCAACAUGUGUUUUGUUUUGCUACUGUUAGUGUGACCACAGUGAAACACUGGAAAGGGAUGUCCCUUUGCUUUGCUUGACUGCAAUUGAUCAUUUUCUGUUUGAAAGGCCCUGCUGACAGUGAAGUAAAGCAUUGUACUGUACAUUCCUUCUAUUGUGCAUUCAUCCAUGUUACUAGUCUAUGAAUGAAUUCCUGAAAAUGUAAUUAUUUUUAAUUUUCUAUGUGUUGGGUUUCUUUGGUUGUUGUUUUUUUAAUUUCAUUUUUAAUUUAAUUUUAUUUCAAGUUAGCUGGUAACUUACAGUAUAGAAUCAGGUAUGGUAUUGACAUGAUACAUUUUAGUAACAGAUGGACUGUGUUGUUUGAGCGACUAAACAGGCUUGUUCCAAUUUUUUGACGCAAGUAGUUUUUUGCCCUUAAUGAGUAACAAAUCUUUUUAUUCCCAAACCUGUAUUCAAACAAAUGAAUGUAUUUAUUAUAUCACAAUUAUAACAGUAUGCUAAGGCUUCCACUAGUAAAAAGUUACUUCUGGCCGACAAAACUUUGAAUGAUCUUGUGCCUAAACACAUGUAAAUCAGAUUUACUUGCAGAAUAUAAAACACCCGAACACCUAAGGGAGACGAGGUUCACAGAGUGUUUCAGAGACAGAAGCAAACAAUAUGAAGCACCCCUGACCUGUGUAGCCGACUCCCUGAACACCUGCAGGUUGCCGACACACACUUAUGUGAAUAAAGCUUUUACUUUUUUCUCCUUUUAAUGCUUUUCUUAAUUGCUUUUUGUUUAAUUAAGAAUAUCUUAAGGUAAAGAUUCUUAAUCACUUUGUUAUAAUGUAUUUUAUUUUAAAGCACUGAGAAUUACCUUGUUUGAAUGGUGAUGUACACAUAAAUUUGCCUUGUAAUGAUUUCCGUGGAAAAUGAAAAUAAAACCUAAACAAACAUCA